CACUCCUCCGUCUCCCCUUCGCUUUUUCUCCAACCACUAUUUUGCUUUUCAAGUCUCUCGAUCUGUGAAAAGCUCUAGGGUUUCCUUUCUAGGGUUUUUCCGUUCAAUCUCUUCCCUACAUUUCUCCAAAUCCUCGAACAUUCAUUGCGAGUAAGCGGAGAUGAAGCUGACUGUGAAGACGCUGAAAGGCAGUCACUUUGAAAUCCGCGUUCAGCCAAGCGACACGAUUAUGGCUGUAAAGAAAAAUAUUGAAGAUGUGCAAGGAAAGGACAGCUAUCCAUGUGGGCAGCAAUUAUUGAUACAUAAUGGAAAGGUGUUGAAAGAUGAAACUACCCUGGAAGAAAACAAAGUCAGUGAAGAUGGUUUUCUUGUUGUUAUGCUUAGCAAGAGCAAAACCAUGGGAUCAACAGGGGGCUCAUCUGUGCAGGGUUCUUCAACUGCAGCAGCACCUUCACCAACAACUGCAGCAGCACCUGCACCAACAACUGCAGCAACUCCUGCACCAACAACUGCAGCAACUCCUGCUCCCACUGCUGCAGCUGAUGCUACUCCAGAAGCACCGGUUACUAGUGGUGAUGUCUAUGGUCAAGCUGCUUCCAAUUUAGUUGCUGGUAGUAGUCUUGAGCAGACUAUUCAACAAAUAAUGGAUAUGGGUGGUGGUAACUGGGAUAAGGAGACUGUUACACGUGCUCUUCGUGCAGCGUACAACAAUCCCGAGCGUGCUGUUGAUUAUUUAUAUUCUGGUAUUCCAGAAACUGCAGAGAUUGCUGUUCCUGUAGCUCCUCUCCCUUCAAAUCCAGCAUCUGGGGGGGCCAACCCCACUAGUCAAACAAGUGCAGCAAGUACUGCAGCAGUCACUGGAGGGCCUAAUUCUUCUCCUCUGAAUUUGUUUCCACAGGAGGCUCUCAAUUCUGCUGCUGCUGGGGGUGGAUCCCUUGAUUUCCUGAGACACAACCAGCAGUUCCAAGCAUUGCGUUCAAUGGUGCAAUCAAAUCCACAAAUUCUACAGCCAAUGCUUCAGGAGCUGAGCAAGCAAAACCCCCAACUUCUUAGACUGAUCCAGGAUCACCAUGCAGAGUUUCUUCAAUUAAUAAAUGAACCGGUUGAAGGUGCUGAAGGGGAUCUAUUUGAGCCAGCUGAGCAAGAUAUGCCCCAUGCUAUUAGUGUUACACCCGCAGAGCAGGAGGCUAUUGAACGACUUGAAGCUAUGGGCUUUGACAGAGCCCUUGUCAUCGAGGCAUUUUUAGCUUGUGACCGUAAUGAGGAAUUGGCUGUCAACUAUUUGCUAGAGAAUGCUGGGGAUUAUGAAGAUUAAAUGGUAACAUCUGGAGGGUUAUAAGACCAAAGUUGUCCGGGAGUUGUUUUUUUCAUUAUGAAUGCGGCACAACUUACCUCACUGAAUUCGAGGGCGCUAGCACAUUUGAUAUGGAAUUUACUUGUCAGAUUGGGAUGGAGAAUUCCAUUGGUUUUCUACUUGCUUAUUAGUGAGCACCCGAUGGUUUCUGUCUUGGGUAGAUGGAAGAGCUUGUCUGAAUUCAUCUCUGCUUUGUGUCGAUUCUUUGCAAAUUAUUUUUUAAUGUGCAAACUAUAUUGACAGAGCAAAUUUGACAUUAUA